AUGGGGUACGCAAUCCAUGGCAUUAGCAAUGCCGUACCGCCUAGCAUUGGCAUUAGCAUAGACUUUGCAUUGGAUUGCAUCGGCACUGGCACUGGCACUGGCACUGGCACUGGCACUGGCACUGGCACCGCACCCACAACACAGCACAGCAAGCUCACCACACCGACAGAGCUGCAAAGUGGCUGCUUGGAUGGAGCCGUCCGGGCCGAUCAGCGAAUGGCAGCAAGCGACCUUGUCGAUGGCUCGACCUGGACGGCUGCCGAGCUGGCACUUGAUACUGUGGAAUACGAGUCCAACUUACGACUGCACGGUGAGCUGGUCCAUGUCCCUGCUUCCCGACAAAGGGCGCACGACACGACGCCCACAGCCGCUGGAAGCGACUCCCCGCCCAGUCCUACUGCUCCUUCCGCCAUUGUGCCGGCGCGCAGCGCAGGCCAGGCUCGCCAGAGGUUCCUUCCCUCGAUGUCCGGAAACGUGGGGGGCAGGCCGGGCAGCCGCGGACGAGUAGGAAGGCGGCGGUGGCUCGCCGGCGACGUGAGAUGUGGCAGCGAUGUCACCAUGCGAUAUGAGCUGUCUGUUCCUACCGCUGCCUAG